ACAGUCCAUGUCACAUGGAUCCAUUUCAGUUAUUUUAUUUCCUGCCUCCUCAGAUUUCUUUGUCCUGUGCUCUGCUCCUAGCAUUCUCCAGACAUUUCAGCUCAGCUGGAUAAAUCCAAGAGACUUUCAUGUACAUGAAAAGAGACAUCAAAGGCAACUGACUGGAGCUAUGAUGAGCAGACAGCAGGCUCCUCUUGGAUGGCAUAAGCACUGCGAGAAGUGUUUCAGCAAAUACUGCCAAGCUCCAGCAGAGCCUACAGUCUCAUGUGUAGUGAUCAGUUGCCGCUCCCACUGUGGUGCUGUCUUCCAUAUGUGCAAAGAGGAUGACCAUAAACUCCUGUGUCCUCUGGAGCAAGUCUCAUGCCUGAACUCUGUUUAUGGCUGCCCUUUUACCAUGGCCCGUUUUAAAGUGGCAAAACACCUCCAAGUUUGUCCCGCCAGCAUAGUUUCCUGCUCCAUGGAAUGGAACCGUUGGCCAUGUGCAGAUUCUGAAGCCAUUCUGCAUGAGAAUAUUAUGAAGCAGGAGCCUACGGAAGAGUGCCUGGAUGUGGCCAUAGCUCUGAGAGAUCAGGCAGCUCUCUUUAAAGCACUCAGAAUGGCUGAGCUCUUCCCAGAAUGCAGCGAGACUUGUACCCUGGAAGAAACAACAACUGAUAUUGACUAUCUUGAAGAAAAAGCUGUUGGAGGAAGAGCUGAGCAGACCACAGCAAAUGGUGCUGAGGCAGCUGUGCUCACCCAGAGGGAACGUGAGCAUCUCGCAAAAGAUAAAGAAGGGGUAGAUUUGGUUGGUUACCAAUCCUGGGAAAACAUGUUUCGUAAAGAAUUUAAUGCAUGCCAAGUAGCAGACCUGUUGACUGACAAUACAAAAAAUGCAUCUGAAAGCACAUCUCUGCAUAGAGAAUAUGCUGCUGGUAGCACUGUGAAAGAAGCCAGCAGUACAGGAGGCACUGAAGAAACCAAACCCCAUCAAAUCAAUUUAGCAGCUGAAAAAACAGGCUUGGCUCCUUGGCAAGAUGGAGUCCUGGAGAGGCUGAGGAAAGAGGUUCCUGUUGGGGAGUAUAACAUGUACUUGGUGCACCAUGGAAGGAUGCUCAUUCACUUUGGUCAGAUGGCUGCUUGCACUCCCAGAGAAAAAGAUUUUGUAUAUGGAAACCUGGAAGUUCAGGAAGUGAAGACUGAGACCACCUUCAGACCACCACUUAGUUACUGUGGCAAAAGAACAAAGCUUGGGGAUCCUCUGGCACACAAAAAGCCAAGUAAGAGCAUAUCCCUGGAUACUUCAGAGUUGGACAUAGAUCUUGAAGAACUUCCCAAAUCAAAUGAAAUAAAAACUACACUGCUGUGCGCUCUUGAGAAGGAACUAAAAGGCCAUGAGAUAUCUAAAACCAAGUCUACUGAUGCCUUAUAUGUGGAUAUUGGGACUCAAACAUACAGUUUUGUUGCCCAACCUUUCUCUUCAAGAACUGUUUUAGCAGAUACUUUAGAUACAGAAGACCCACUGGAUCUCCAUUUACAGCUUCACAAUGAGAGUGUAACCCAAAGAUAUAACAAAAGCAGCUCUGCAUUUACAUUCUCUUGCAACCACUUUUUUAGGAGAGAUGAGUUUUCUUCACAUUUCAAGAAUGUUCAUGCUGAUAUCCAGUCCUGCCUAAAUGGAUGGUUCCAGCGUCGCUGUCCACUUGCCUAUCUGGGGUGCACUUUUGUUCAAUAUCCUUGGCACCCUGCUGGGCAAAAGGCAAGUGUUACCUACAACCAGCAUCUUAUGACAUUUGCUCUCAAGCCAGAGAUUGAUCCGACACUCUCAGAAGCAAAGAAAAGUAACUUUAUCAGAAACAGACAUAGGAAAGAAAGGAUUUCCCUAACUAGUCUCCCCUUGGAGAUUCUGAAGUACAUUGCUGGAUUUUUGGAUAGUGUUAGCUUGUCCCAGCUGGCCCAGGUGUCAGUACAGAUGAGGGACAUCUGUGCUACUCUGCUGCAUGAGAGAGGGAUGGUUUUUCUGCUAUGGAAAAAGAAGAAAUAUUCGCAUGGAGGCACAUCCUGGAGCGUCUGCGGAAAGAUUUGGAAAUUUAGCACCCUGUUCUCCACUAUCAAUAGCUGGCAACUCAGCAAUAUUCCAUCCAUGUCUGCACAUUUAAAGACUUGUCCUUUUUAUGAAGUGGAACAUAAAAAAGACCCUGUUUUGCUUACUAGCUUGCCUUUACCUCAAGAACAAACAGAAGAGACUUUGGUCUCCACAUUUAGACGCAGACGUGGAUAUGGACCUGGUUCCAAGAAAUUUCAAGAAGACUACAGUGAUUUCUGAAAGCAUGUAUCAAAGCAUCUGGGAUUCUUUGGAAUGCACUGCCUAAUCUGCUUUAAUGAGUCAACAAAAUAUUUUUAUAGUUUGCAGAUUGGUCAAGAUGAUGUUAGAUGCUUUAUUCUAAUUUUAUAAUUCUUGGUUCCCACACUGGCUUACGAAGCUCUAGAAUUUUAUCUAUGAAUAUUA